AAGUUUCAAUUUCUUCUUAACGAAGGAAACCAAAAAAAAAAAAAAUCAUGGCCGAUCCUACCGAAUCCUGCGUCAUGACGAUGACGGUGACCACCACGCCGGCGUCAGAUUUAGCUUUCACAAAUCUCGCAUAUUGUUCUCCGUCUGAUCUCCGUUGCUUCGCUGUUCCCGGAACGCCCGAUCUCUUCCUAGCUAACGUCGGAGAAAGUAUUUCUGAUGGAAGUAUUGCUCUGAAUUCGAUUCAACGACGACAUGCUAGAGUUUCUGCUGGUGACAUUGUUUCUGUAACAAGAUUUAUUCCUCCUGAAAGCUUUGACUUGACUGUUCUGACAGUUGACUUAGAAUUUGUCAAAAAAGGGACUAAAAAUGAACAGAUUGAUGCUACUCUCCUCUCAACUCAACUGAAGAAGAAAUUCACUAACCAGGUCUUGACAGUAGGUCAAAGAGUUACAUUUGAGUAUCAUGGAACUAACUACAUUUUUACGGUCAAUCGAGCGGUUAUAGUGGCUGAUGAUGAGAACCAAACUAAUUGUAUCGAAAGAGGGAUGAUUUGUAAGGAUACAUAUUUUGUGUUUGAAGCAUCAAAUGCAAGUGGCAUAAAGAUUAUCAACCAACGAGAAUCUGUUACAAGCAAGAUAUUUAAAGAAAAGGAGUUUAACCUUCAAUCCCUAGGUAUAGGUGGUUUAGGUGCAGAGUUUGUUGCUAUAUUUCGAAGAGCUUUUACUUCUCGUAUACUUCCUCGCGAUGUCGUGAACAGAAUUGGGGCAAAGCACGUUAAAGGGAUGCUUCUGUUUGGACCUCCCGGUACUGGCAAGACCUUGAUGGCACGCCAAAUUGGCAAAAUGCUUAAUGGAAAGGAGCCAAAGAUCGUUAAUGGUCCUGAAGUGCUAAGCAAGUUCGUCGGCGAGACAGAAAAGAAUGUAAGAGAUCUGUUUGCUGAUGCUGAAAAUGACCAGAAAACACUUGGUGCGGAAUGAUAAAAUCUUUUUACCCUGAUUUGUGCUUUAUU